AUGACUGAAAAUAAAUUUGUUGGUAUUGAUUUUGGUACCACUUAUUCUUCUAUUGGAUAUUGUGUUGGAAAAACAGGCAAGAUAAAUAUAAUUCAAGAUGACAAUUCAAGCCGAUUUAUUCCAUCAACAAUAGAAAUAUCAAAUGGUGAAAUAACAACAGUAGGAGUAAAUCCAAUACAAGAGAAAGAAGGAACACAAAUUCUAAGUGACAGCAAAACAUUUCUGGGAAAAACACUCCAAGGAAUUAAAAAAGAACAACAACAACAAUUUAUAGAAAAAGGAGGGGAAAUAUUUUAUCGAAUAAAUGAUCCAAGUAGAUUAAUUUCUGUUAAAACAGUUGCAAAGUCAAUUUUAAAAAAGUUAAAAGAUUUGUAUUGUGAAAAAGUAAAAAUUGAUAAAAACACAACUAUUAAUCCAGUUAUUACUAUUCCUGCUGGAUUUAAUCACAAACAAAGACAAGUUAUUUCACACAUUGCAAACGAAAUUAAUAUUAAUCCAACAUUUAUUCAUGAACCAACUGCAGCCGCAUUAUAUUAUUUAGAUAUAACUAAAGAUAAAAUAGAAAACCCUACUAAAUUAUUAGUGUUUGAUUUUGGUGGAGGAACGUUAGAUAUUACUUGUAUUGAAAUGAAAUUAAAUACGGAAGGAAAACCUGUUUUUAAUAUUCUUUGUACAAAUGGAAAUAAUGAACUUGGUGGAAAUAAUUUUGAUGAAAAUUUAUAUAAGGCAAUACUUAGUAAGAUUGAACAAAGAGGUAAUAUUAAAAGUCAGACAAUGUCUUCACAAGAAUUUAAACAAAAAUUAAGAAACAGAGUCAUUAGCGCUAAAUAUGAAUUAAGUCAAUACAAUGAAACAACAAUUGUAAUACCGGAUCCAGAUAUAAGUGAUGAUGAUAGUACUUUUGAUGAAAAUGAAAUUAAAGUUACAAGAGAGUUUUUUGAUGAUAUUAAUUCAUCUGAAUAUAAAAAAGCUAUGGAUUUAAUUGAUGGUGCAUUAGACAUGGCUAAAUUACAAAGUAAUGACAUUGACAAAGUUUUACUCGUUGGAGGUUCUUCAUGUAUUCCAAAAGUAAAAGAUUUAAUACAAAAAAAAUUUGGAAUAGAAAAAAUUAUUCAAGGAAUAAAUCCAUUAACUGCUGUAGUUUUAGGUGCUGUAACUUAUUCAAGGGAAAAGUGUGUUACAAUUAACGAAGUUUUACCAAAAGAUAUUAAAAUAGAAAGAUUUGACGGAACAACAAUAACCAUUUUUAAAGCUAAUGAAAAGUUACCUUUAAAAAGAACAAUAUCAAUAACACCUAGUGAAGACAAUGUUGAGAAUAUUAAAAUAUCAUUGUAUGAAGGAAAUUAUUCAGUUGCAAGUAUGAAUGAUUUGAUUGAUGAAAUUAUAUUUAGUAAUUUAGCAAAAGUAAGUAUUGAUGAUGCUUAUAUUGAAAUGACAUUUGAAUGUGAUAAGUCUGGUUCAUUAAAAAUAAGUGUUAUAGAUUUUAAUAAUGACGUUGAACAACAAGUCCAAAUUAGAACUAAAAUAAAUUUCACAACAAAACAAGAAGUUUUUAGCUCUAUAGAAGAACAUUUACAGUUUAUUAAUUCAGAAGACAAAAAAAACCCUCGUGGUUUUGCAAUUGUUCCUGUAACUCCAACAAACAUAAAUAUAGGAUCAAUUUUAUAUAAGUAA